UGUAAACAGAAACACACACACACAUCAGACAGCGUCCUGCGGAGCGAAGAGAAGAGGAGUGAACAGGUUUCCAAACAGCAGACAGACACGAUGAAAACAGUCACAAAGCGACAAUGGUUUUUCGUGCAUCUAUGCUGUUUCCUGAUUGGCAGUUUAGUUGACUCCUCUUCCCUCUCCUCCAUCCCCGACUCCCUGACGGUCACCUCCUUGGUGGGGAACCAGGCGGUCCUUCCCUGCAGCUGGAAGCAGCGCCUGGGCGCGCAGGCGCCGCCCGCCUCCUGCCACAUCCAAUGGGCCACGCCGGACGACACAGUGUUCGAGCAGCGCGGAGAGCAGAAGUGGCAGGCCGAGGAGUUUGAGGGCCGCGUGGAGGUUUCUGAGGAGAAGCUGGGCUCCGGGGAUUGUUCGCUGAUCAUCAGCGACGUUCAGAUCGGAGACACGGGGAGAUACGAGAGCUUCAUGGUGGUGGACGGACGGAGGAACGUGAAAACCAGGGUCUUCAUUCAGAGCGUCAAGCUGUCUGUGUUCGACCACAAAUCCCUUCAGUCUCGAGGUCCGGGGGAGGACUUGGUUCUGGAUCUGUACACCCGGCACUCUGUGAGAGUCGUCUUCCAGGGCAGGAACAGCUCGGAGUGGUUGGACCUGUGGAUGAGGGGGGAUAAAGAAUCUCCACGUCUGGAGAAACAUCCGUUCAACGAGCAGCUGACCAUUAAGCAGUUAGCGAGCUCGGACGAAGGGACGUACAAAGUUCUGGAUGCAAACGGCCUCGCUGUCAGCACCGUGCAGCUCUCUGUGAACGAAAAAUACACGGCUCGGAAAUUCUACCAGACCCAGGAAAAUCAAGUACCAACAGAUGACGCUUCCAAAAGCAGCUGUUCAGCUCUCCUCAUCUUGUCUGUUCUUGUCACGGGUUUCCAAAUUCUUCAUCUGCUCUGAGAUCUCCUCUGCAAAGUAACUGCACAUAGAUGCACAACAACUACACAACGCACUAUUGCCAGCAAAUCAUUUAAAGGUUGUCUUUCUGUCAGAUAUUGUAGCAUGUUUCUGAACUUUUUGAAUGACAUUUCUAAUGGGUCAGAUAAGCCGUGUGUGGGGGUGUUGCUUGUAACUUAAGUAGAGUGACAGUGUGUGUGAGAUGUGAUUUAAGUUAAAAAAAAAAAAAAAAAACGUCAAAAAAGUUUGUAUUUCUGUUCGACAGGCUGACGUCCAAAACAACUCUGGAGUCAAAUUUACUGUUU